GAUCUCCCGGUGGGGGGGCUCUCCGUCCCAUCGCGAUCUCACCCCCCAACCUCCGAUUUACGCAGGUUGCUCUUCCUCCAACACUAUCCCUUCGGUCUUGGCCCGACGGUUCCUUGACUGUUGCGAGGUCGGAGGUCGCUAAAGCUGGCCCUGGCCCCAGUCGUUCCGACAGUUUUCCGCUCCAUCUGGAGCCCCAUGGUGCCUUCUCUGCCUCUUCCGAAAGCAACUGUAUGUGCUGUAUCUAUCUUUCUUAGAGGAGCGGAUGCCCUGCUCACCUCAUCUGCCUCUGCGAGGACGGGCAGGUGGAGUUCCAUGGGCAACAGGUGGUGCUCCUGAGCGACGUGCUGGCCUGCGAGCUCACGCAGGGCUACGAGGUGCACAGGAGGAGGCAGGUCGAGAAGUGCGACGGGGUGCGCGUGCGCAACCUGGCGCACCUCGCGGAGCUGGUGGCGGGCUGCCGCGAGCCCUUCCUGCGCUUCGACCUCUCUGGAGACCGCCUGGUGGCCUUGCGCCGCUGCGAGGUGGAGGGCGCCACCCAGGAGGUCAUGAGGCAGAACCAGCCGGGCGUUGCGCCAUGGGGGGAAGCGAUCAAUUGGGGGGUGAGAAGG